AUGAUGUCCACGAGCAUGCCGCAGCAGCCAAUCCAUGUCGCAUCUGGUGAACAGAAGAUCACCAGAUGCAGAUUGGUUGCGAAAACGACUUUGUGCGAGGAAGACGAACGAGGAGAGCCUGUUCGCCGCUUCGUUUUCCAGUCUCCUCCCGACCAUCCAAUGGCUUCCGAUGCUGCUUUGCGCCAGGUGAUUGUCCUAAAUGCUCUCGGUGUGCGUCGAAUGUACUCGCCAACAUCCUCGCCAUGCCGUACCGAUGGGACCUUCGAGCUGGUGCUGCGCGUGUACAGGCACGGCUACGUGUCCAGAUGGCUGGAUGCCAAACUUGUUGGAGAGACGGUGGACAUGACGUUCCCGUGGCCAAGCCCUCUUCCGCUGGAUCGUCGGAAUCCUGGGCAACAUGUUGGUUUGAUCGCAUUCGGCAUCGGUAUCACAGAGCUGUAUCGCACUGCUGUCCAAGAACUCGCUGAUGCAAAUGUUGGUGAGGUUGUGCUUCUGUAUGCAACACGUACUCUAGCCGAGCAGGGCAUUUUGGCGGAUGAGCUCGCAGUGCUGGUCAAAUCAGAACCGCAUCGCUUCCGACUGGAGCAACUCGUUUCGCGCGAAUCUGUUCCUGGCAUGCACCAUGGGCGCAUUGACUCCCAGUUGCUCGAAAAGGUCUUUCCAUGGAGUCAGCACGACCGUGACACGACGGGAGUUCGGUUUAUGGUGGCCGGGACCAAGCAGAUGAUGCAGACGACGCACCGCCAUUUGGAGAAGUUGGGUUAUCGGCCGGAUGUUUACAAGCUUAUCCGAGAUCUCAAGAUUCCGGCUGCUCAUGGCGUUUCAAAGCUUUAG